AUGCUUGUAAGAAACAUUCCACCCACUACCCUUGCUACAUUGGCUUUCUGCCUACCGGAUAAUCUGAAGCAUUCUGGCGCUUGCACACCUCUGAACCCAUAUUGUGGAGGUGAUCCGGCAUCCCGCCUUUUGAACUGGAAAUUCACCGUAACUACUUUUUGCAACUCGGGGCACGUCGAUUCGGCUUGGUGGGAGGCUACGCGGAAUCAGUUUGGAGCAGUGCACUGCUGA